AUGGCUGUCAAGGCACUCAUCCCGUUCCUGGUAGCAAUGAUGCUGGUGACCGGUGUCUGCAACACGCUCCUUACCAAAUACCAAGACAACAUCUGCGUCCGAAACUGCGAUGCGCCGAAUCCUAAAGACCGUGCCACGUUCGAACAACCAGUCAUCCAGACAAUCCAAAUGUUCAUCGGAGAAAUGGGAUCAUGGCUCUUUAUCGGGGUCUUCUCGCUCUAUCGUCGAUACGGUUCUAAGGACUCGUCCCAUGCGGAGGAAGGCGGCUAUCAAGCCGUUAGCACCCACGAUGGUGAUGAGGGGCUACACAGGGAUACGGAUGCUGACAGUAUUCGCUCUACGACCCCGAUAAACCCGACUGCGAAGAUUAUGCUGAAGAAUUCCGAGGCCCGGAUUCCGUUGACUGGGUAUAAAGUGCUCCUCCUUGCGCUGCCCGCCAUUUGCGAUAUCUGCGGGACGACGCUUAUGAACGUCGGGCUCCUAUUCGUGGAAGCGAGUAUUUACCAGAUGACGAGAGGGGCAUUGGUAUUGUUCGUUGGCCUGUUCAGUGUAAUUUUCUUGAAGAGGAAACUAUACAUGUUUCAAUGGUUUGCCCUGGUUACUGUUGUGUUGGGCGUCGGGAUCGUUGGACUGGCUGGCUGGCUUUCUCACCACGGCGAUAUUCCGGAUGAACCCGUCAAGGCAGCAACGCUAAUGAUCAGGGAAGCUGUUUCCUAUGUUGUGACAAAGGCUCAGACGCCAGAGGCCUUGAUGACGAUCAUCGGGGUGCUUUUGAUUGCGGGGGCGCAGAUCUUCACCGCCAGCCAGUUUGUGCUUGAGGAGCACAUUUUAGAGAAGUAUGCUCUGGAGCCACUAAAGGUUGUCGGUUGGGAAGGAUUAUUUGGAUUUGUAGUUACUCUCUUCGGCAUUCUCGUCAUGUAUCUUGCAGUGGGGAGAACGGAUGCGGGGAGGUAUGGAUAUUUUGACCUAAAAGAAGGCAUGAGGGAAAUCACCGAGUACAAGGGGAUUUGGGUUUCGAGCUUUUUGAUCAUGAUCAGUAUUUGCGGUUUCAACUUCUUUGGCCUCUCAGUUACCAGGACUGUCAGUGCAACCUCGCGCUCCACGAUCGACACAUGCAGGACGCUGUUCAUCUGGAUUGCAUCGCUGUUCCUCGGCUGGGAAACUUUCAAGCAUCUCCAAGUUCUUGGUUUCGUGCUACUGGUAUAUGGUACAUUCCUCUUCAACGGGAUCGUCAGACCACCCCUGAAACGCUGUAUCGUGGGGCGGGUGGACGAGCUCCUCCCCGAAGAGCCAAUAGAGCAUGUAUAG